AUAAGUUCGUUACCGCUUUGUUUUUGUUUUUUAGAAAUGGAAGAGAGAAGCUUUAGCUCGUCAGAUAAUGACGAGGCGUUAUCCGUUUUAGAUCGUCUGAAACGUUUGGAAAGACGGGAGAGAAAAUGGCGUAGAAAACGUUCUAAGCGUAAACAUCGCCGCAAUUCUCGAUCUCCGUCGACUCCGGACGAGAUCCGAUUUCGUCGUUCUCGGUCGAGGUCUCGCCACUCACAUACUCUGCAGGACCGGACUCGCAGAAGUUCGGCCUCAGAUAAUGAAAGUUUUCUUCACUCUGAGAUUGAUCUGCACGUUGAUCAGACCCCAGGAGGUUUAACAACGGAGGAGAAUAAAGAGAACUCACCGACUUUGGUUAUUGAUAAUGACGUCGUUUUGGAUGAGGAUGUCUUAAAUAUUAUUGGCGAAGAUCCCGAAAAAGUUAAAAGUAAUACUAUUACUUUAAAUACAGCUAUUUGUUCCAGAUGGAACAAUUUUUUGCUCAAUGGGGUACCAGAAAACGAUUUAGCUUCUAUAAAAAGGAAGUAUAAUUUAAACAGUAAUCUGGAGUUAACCCUUCCGACAAUCAACCAAGAAUUGUCGCAAGUGACUAAUUUAACAGUCCGGAAAAAAGACAGCUGCUAUACUGAUAUUCAGUUACAGAUAGCUCAGGGUCUUAAUGCUUUAGGGUUGAGCAUUUCAAAUAUUUUAAAUGAUCCAGACGGUUUAUCGAAAGAGGUAAAAGAAAGUUUACUUUUACCUUUGUGGGAUGCAGGCAAAAUUUUUACUGACCUCUUCUAUACUUUAACCAAAACAAGGCGCAACUUACUGCUUCCGAUCCUCAACAAAUAUAUGCGAGAUUUAGCAGAAGGAACCACUGCCGAUAGAUCCUUAUUUGGGUCAAAUUUCGGAGAGUUGGUUAAAACAGCAAAAGUGCUCGAAAGAACGAGCAAAGAUCUGCUACCUCAUUCUUCGAACAAACCAAGGUUUAAAAGUCUUGUACCCAAGGGACGUGAGGGACGACAGAGGGGUCAGUUUACAAAAUUCACUCCCUCGACGGAGAUGGGAAACAGACAUCGCCCGGCCCGAUACAGAAGGGAAUCGAGGUCAGUCCAAGGGCGCCCUUACAAAAAUUUUCGGAAUUAAUUAACUCUAAUGAAAACCAGGGAAACCCGACCUCUUCCGAGGAACCUUACCCUGGUAGCAGUGCGUUUAUCAGGGAAGCGUUAAAGAGACGAGGAGUACCGGAUUGCGCUUUGGAGGUAAUGAUUCAUUCGAUAUCCCGAUCAACGGAAGCGCAAUAUAACACUACUUACAAGAUGUGGUGAAAGUUUUGUCAACUCACAGGAAGUUCCUUGUUCUCUUCGGGACCGAAAGAAGUAAUUAAAUUCCUACACACUAUUUUAACAAGAAAAUCCUGCGGUUACGGAUCAUUUAAUAGCCACAGAUCUGCACUUUCUCUUAUUCUACCAGGAAAUGUUGGAGAGGAUAUUCUACUGAAGCGUUACCUUAGAGGCAUAGCAAAUACUAGACCACCGAAGCCAAAGUACACCAACACAUGAAACCCACAUCCAGUUUUGAAUUUUCUCUCGAAUUGGUUCCCAAACGAGAAUCUCACUUUGAAACAAUUAUCCUUAAAAUUAUUAAUGUUACUUUUAUUAACUACUGGACAAAGGUUAAAUGCAAUUGCUCUAAUCAGAAUUGAGAACAUUCGGGAAUCCCCAUCAGGAUUCCAAAUUUUUAUUUCUGAUAAAGUGAAAACUACAAGGGUAGGGAAACCUCAACCCUACCUUCAAGCCUUCUACUUUAAGGAUUUACCAGCGUUAUGUGUAGGUAGUACGUUGAAAAUUUUUCUUCAGCGUACUGCCCCCCUUAGAAAAAACAAAUCCUUCUUAUUCUUAUCUAUUAGAAGACCACAUGGGAUAGCUUCAAAGCAAACUUUGAGUAGGUGGGUGAAAAUGGUCCUACAAGAUUCGGGAAUUCCAACGGACCUAUUUAAGCCUCAUUCUACACGCCACGCGGCUACUUCGGUCGCCUUUAGGCAAGGAGUCUCGGUGGACGGCAUUUUUCAAUCGGCUGGUUGGGGAGAAGAAUUAUUUUGUUAUUAAAUGCAACUUCAAUGAAUGCUUUAAACAUCUACCUAGUAAGUGAUAUAAAAGGACUGAAGUGAAAUAAAAUUAUACAAUCAAACGAACUUACCUUAGUGAAGUUCGAUCGUAAUUUUAUGAAUCUUCAGUCCGAGAUAUCACUUCCCACCCACCCAUGUGAACCUGUUCGGUUCCCCUUCGAAGUUGCAAGGGCUUACUUUAAAGAAAUGAAUAUGUUCCGUCACGGGCCAACGGUGGGAAUACGGGGAGAGGUUUUUCUUCUUUUAGUUAUUUUUAGCUUUAAAAUUGCGGUACGUAGCAGCGCCAGGGGCGUACUACCUAGUAAGUGAUAUCUCGGACUGAAGAUUCAUAAAAUUACGAUCGAACUUCACUAAGGUAAGUUCGUUUGAUCGUAUAAUUUUUGAUUAUUAAAAUGUAAAUCUUUAAAAAAACACCCCGCAUAGUAAUUAAUGCAAAAUAACGUUUUUUGGCAGAUAACUUGCACGUUAAGUUUGACGUUUGUUAUACAUCACAGGGCCGAAUACCC